AUGUCUGAUAUCGAAGUGUUGGCCCUAGCGCAGAAGGAAGGCGUGCUGACGGCGGUGAUUAUUAAGGGCGUUCGUUGUAAACGCGACUCCCCGCCAAACCGACGCCCCACCUUUCCCCAGACCUUCGCUGCCACUCACAGCGCCGCGCAAUCUAAUGGAUUUCCCUCGGAAACGCGCUCUGGUCGCAUGCAUCUUCUGCAGGCACCGGUAAAAAACGAAAGUGUGAUGGCCAGAGGCCAUCCUGUGGAUUUUGCGAGAGUGCAGGCGCCCAAUGCGAGUACCAAGAAAAUCAGAGUGAAAAGAGAUGGAUCGGCAGAGCUCUUGCAUCGCCUGGAUCGGCUAGAGAGCCUUGUCCAGCAUCAGACAGCGGUGAUCACCGCCUUAUCGGAUCGAUUUUUGUCCAUCGCUUCGAAUUCCGAUGCGAUCAACUACUCACAAGCCAGUCCUUCGGUCUCUUCACAAGUGCGAAGGCAAAGCCUUCAUUCGACGACAAGCUUCCUGCCGGCUGAUACUUCAAUAUUGGCGAAUACUAGUAUCGGGUAUGGAUAUAUGGAAAAUGAUCCGAUUCUCAUUCCACUAGGACACCAGACGCCAACAGCCAACCUGCUGGGGCUUGACCCCAUAAAGAAGCUUAUCGGUCAUUACCCGCAUGAUUUCUUCUUGUUUCUCGAGUUCGAGCGCAAACCGCCUAUCUUGAUGUCGCAGACGCCCAGAGACAUGAUUCACGAGGAGCUGGUACAACAGCGAGAGGCCACAGACUGUUUGAUCAUGAGCUUUUUCACUCACGUCCACUCCCAGCACCCUGUUCUAGAAAGGGGGCCCUUCUUGGAACGGUUUGAGAAAUUUCUGGCAAAUGGCCAGACAAAUGAUAUUGAUGCUGCAUUGUGUCUCACGGUGCUAGCUCUUGGGGAGAUAUGCUCCGGUCCAGGAGAUAUUUUUGAUAUGGAGUUCUCGAUGAAUAAUAAGGGUGCGGAUUAUUUUGCACAUGCGUACCAGAUAAUACUGGCCCAAGAAAAUGCAAUGUUUUCGAGAGACCCGAAUGUUCCUUUGACAUUCUACUUUGCAUCAUUGUAUUUCCGCUAUAGUGGACGCCCACUCCUAUCAUGGAAAAUGAUACACAGUGCUUCUACGAGUGUUCAGCUUAUUCUCUCAUACCUGAAUGAUGGGAUUGUGCCGCCAGAGCAAAGCGCCUUACUGAAUCGAAUUGCCUGGGGCUGUUAUAUCCUCGAAUGUGACGAUCUUGCCGAAUUCCACUUUCCUCGUAGUGGAAUCGAGGUCCUCGUUGAAAGGCUACCCUUCCCCGAAUUUUCGAACCCGACCGAAAGAAGCAACCUCAUAUUUCUAUCUAUGUGUUCGAUUCGGAAACUGUUGAAUAGGAUCCAUAAUACGAUGUAUUCAACUGAGGCUGGCAGUCCGGACAAGGGUCUUCCACGAGGAAAUACAACAGGCCAGUCCCGACUUAACUACGAGCCCUCGAUAGAAUCAUUGGAAACAGUCAAUAUUGAACUCAGACGACAGCUCAAGGUUUGGAUCGACUCUCUCCCUGAUUCAAUCAAACCUGAUCUCCGAGAUCCAAACCCUCAGGACCUGCAAGAUAGUCAGAUGCGCACAAGUCUGCUGGCUGCUGUGUUUGUUAUCACCAUGGCCAAAGCCACGCCCUCUCUCAGUUUCCUUGUGCCGGAUUUCAAUGAGUUGAUCGAUAUGGUGAUAUUGAAAACGGAGCCUUGGGCGCGUCAUCAUGAAUCUGCCGAUGCUAUUUUGAACAUUUUCAAGACCAUUCGGCAGAAGCUUCGACUGUCGGUGGCGACAUUAUUAGGACAGAAGAAAUGA